UAAAGUGAGACACCCAUGUGGUAAACGAAAAUGCUUCUAAUUUCCAAGUCCUUUCCAUGACCAUCCAAGACAAUGUAGAAUGUCUACAAUUUUGAAUCUAGGAAGGUGCUGAGAAACAUUAGAAUUCUCAUUCAUUUUAAAUGUUCAGAUUUAUUUGCUAAAAAUAAAGAGCUGAGCUGAUAUUCAUGUUACAGUCUUCUUUAAUAUUUUUUUCAUUAUUCUUAGCAGGACAUAUCCAGGCAUGUUGUUGGGAUAAGUAGAAUGUAAUCUAAGAUGUUUAAAAAAUGUGAUAUAUUUUGAAGUCUUAAAGAUAUUAAAAUUAUUAACAGACCAUUCGACAAGUCCUAAUUGUACUAAAUAAUGCAAGAAUAAUCAAGUUUGGUUUUUAUAUAACAGAUUUCACCUCUGGGUGUGGACAUAUACGGCCGAAAAAUUCAUCCCCAAUCAGGAGACAUAACAACUCUCUUCUUUGAACAUGGAGAACAUUUCGUAAUAGAUCACAGAUGAUGUCAAAAGGUGGUAUGAACAAAAGAGUGGCAUGCAAGAUCCAUUAGAAUGCAUCACGGAGGUUCCAAGCAUAUUUUGACAUCUACUUUCAAGUGAUCUAUCACUGUGAUCUAGUGCCAAGCAUCCUAUGAUGGCGAUGGAAAGAAGGAAAGUUAAUGAAAAACUUCUUUCUGUUGCCGAGACCUUCCCUAAUGUGCACUUACAUUUUAAACACAAGUUGGUGUCUGCAAACUUGGAGGAGGGGCAUCUGGUACUUUCAUGCCCAGAAGGUACGACUGUGGAGGUAGAUGCACAGCUCGUCAUCGGAGCUGAUGGAGCUCAUUCAACCCUUAGAAGCGAAAUGAUGAAGAAGCCAAGGUUUGACUUUAGCCAAGAAUACAUUUCACAUGGUUACAAAGAAUUCCAACUUCUGCCAGACAAGAAUGGGGAAUAUGCUAUUGUAGAAGAUUAUCUCCACGUUUGGCCACGAGAUGGGUUCAUGUUAAUUGCUAUUCCUAACAAGGAUCCAUCUUUUACUUGUACUCUUUUUAUGCCAUUUGAAAAUUUUGACUCUUUGAAGACAAAGGAGGAUGUUCUGAGUUUCUUCAAUUCUGUUUUUCCUGACUUUGUACAACUGAUGGGAGAGGAAAGAAUUUUGGAAGAUUUCUUUAAAAAUCCUGUGUGGCAUACGGUUUCAAUAAAG